AAAACGUGCUCAUUUGGUGUUUUAAGGUUAUGUUGUGUGUGUUAGUAGCGGUCGGUUGUGAUUGUAGUUCCUUUACAGUAGGCCUACCCUGAUUUUAGUUUUGAGUUUUCGUUAUAAAAAUGUUGGUCUUAUUCGAAUCACCAGGAGGAUAUGCUAUCUUCAAGCUACUUGAUGAGAAGAAACUUCAAGAAACUGAUAAUUUGUACAGAGAUUUUAAGACUCCGGAAAAAGCAAAUAAAAUAUUGAAACUGAAACAUUUUGAAAAGUUUGUGGACACAACAGAAGCUUUGGCCGCUACCACAGCUGCGGUUGAAGGCAAAAUCAGCAAGUCUCUUAAAAAGAUCCUGAAGAAGCUGGUGUCGGAUGAAGUUCAGGACAAGUUGGCCGUUGCUGAUGCUAAGCUGGGCAAUGCUAUCAAGGACAAGCUCAGUCUGCAGUGUGUAUCUAACAGUUCUGUACUGGAGCUCAUCAGAUGUAUCAGAUCACAGAGUGAGAGUCUACUGGCCGGACUGACCAAGAAGGAACUGUCUGCGAUGGCCCUGGGACUGGCGCACAGUUUGUCGAGAUACAAACUCAAGUUUAGCCCUGACAAGGUAGACACGAUGAUUGUACAAGCCAUCUGUCUGCUGGAUGAAUUGGACAAAGAACUCAACAACUAUGUCAUGAGGUGUCGUGAAUGGUACGGAUGGCAUUUCCCAGAGUUGGGCAAGAUCAUCACUGACAAUGUAGCCUUCACAAAAACCAUUAAACUUAUAGGAACAAGAGAGAACACAGCUACAACUGAUCUGUCUGACAUUUUACCCGAGGAGGUAGAAGAGAAGGUGAAGGAGGCUGCUGAGAUUUCAAUGGGGACUGAAAUUACAGAAGAGGAUAUUAUGAACAUACAUCAUCUCUGUGAUCAAGUGAUAGAAGUGUCAGCGUAUAGGACCCAGUUGUACGAGUACUUGUGUGCCAGAAUGACGGCAAUUGCUCCCAACUUUACUACUCUGAUAGGGGAACUGGUGGGGGCCAGACUUAUCUCCCAUGCAGGUUCUCUUGUAAACCUGGCUAAACACCCGGCAUCCACAGUUCAAAUCCUCGGGGCAGAGAAAGCAUUGUUCAGAGCAUUGAAAGCUAAGAAAGACACGCCCAAGUACGGUCUGAUCUUCCACUCGGCUAUUGUGGGACAAGCUAGCACCAUGAAUAAGGGAAAGAUCUCACGUACUCUGGCGGCCAAGGUGUCGCUGGCGUGUCGUGUAGAUGCCCUGGGUGAUGACACCAUAGUAGACUUUGGGGCAGAGCACAAGGCAAAGGUGGAGGCUCGGCUGCGAUUCCUCGAGGAGGGCAAUCUGAAGAAGAUCAGUGGAUCUGCCAAAGUUAAGGCCAAGUUUGAAAAAUACCACACGAAGAGUGAGGUUGUCCGGUAUUCUGAUGCCGCUGACUCAACUCUGCCUGCAAAGAAAAGAAAACUGUCUGAAAGUCCGAGUAAAGGAGAUCUACCAUUAAAGAAAAUCAAGAAGGAAUCGGAGUUUGAAAUUAAACAAGAGGCCAUGUCUGAUGGAGAAGGAGCUGUUGGAGGAGAAACCACAUCAAAGAAAAAGAAGAAGAAGAAGAUCAAACAAGAACCUGUGGACGAAAGUAUGGGAGAUGUAUCUAUCAAGGAGGAACCGCAGGAUCAGGGCGCAACAGGUGAAGGAUCAACCAAGAAAAAGAAGAAGAAGGUUAAACAGGAAGCCGUAGAGAUGGAAGUAGAGCCGAGUGAACCAGCUCCUGAAGAAUCAGUCUUAGAUGCUCAAGGUUCUUCCCAGAAAAAGAAGAAGAAGAAGAAGUCAAAGGCGGUGGCUGAGGACGAGUAAAGUUUAUAUGAAGUAAUAUUUUCCAUUUUAAUUUUUAGUUAUACUUUGGGAUCAGCUCUUUUUUAAGCAUUUUGGUAUGUUUUAAUACCAAACAUAAAUGUUUUGCAAUAGGUUGGUAAAACCCGUAAUUCAGUUGACUUUUUAUCAUAUUUGAACUACUUGACUAAGAGUAUGUUGGAUUAGCAAAAGCACUAGGUUAAAAGAAGAUAGUUUAAUUUUUACGAAAACAUAUUUUAUUCAGUGCACACUGUCUAUGGAAACUUAGUAAAUAGCCUAUUUAGCACACCAAUGAUUUUCAGCCUAUUCCCAAAAGGUAAUAUUAUACUAUUCGCCUCAAUACAUAACUUAUGCUAAAUAUAUAAUAACAUUAUGAACAGCACAGUUCCACAAACUCUGCAUAGUUUGGAAUAUGAAAGAAGGGAGUAAAAGCUGAAAUAGAUGUUGUUGUAAACAAUAAUAAAACAUAUAACAUUGUACAGACUA